AUGUUGUGCCCCUUUAGCACCGAUUUCGUUGAAUCUGAGGUCGAGUGUGGUGAGUGUCUAGAUGAAAAAGUAUGUGAAUGAUGAAUUGGA